AAGAAUAGCGUUUCUGAAUCUGAUUUAAUGGUUGUAUUGUUUAUAUGUUGUGUAUUGUUCAGAAUGUGUUGUGUUUAUGUUAUUCAGAACUAUGUUUUCGUGUAUCAUUUUGUUGCGCGUAAUAUAUUAGACAAAACUGAACUGUCGUGACUCUAAGAGAAAAAUUUUCGUAGCCAAGAAAACAAAUUUAAAUGUCAGUUUAUUUGUGUAAAUUCGAAACCGACAUGUUUUUUUUUUUUAAGACUUGAUCUCCAUUUUUUCCCUUCCGAGAAGUAAAGUAAUUGUCGUAUUUAUUGAAGAUUACGUCUUUUUAUUAAAUUUAGCAGGUGAAUAUUAUUUAACUGCUAUUAAUAUUAUAUGUGUAUUAUGUGUUAAUAUUGAACUUUCAAUAUUUGCAAUUAAUGACUGAUUUCAUAUCACGGUCCAACAUGUGUGGAAUCAAACAUAUUGACAAUCAACUAUUUGCAAUUUUUCGUAUGUCAUCAGUAAACCUGUUGAUGAAAAGUGUUGGAACUACAUAAGCCAUUCAUAUUGAAUAAAUUGAACGAUGCAAUUUUGUGAUUUUUUUUUUCUGCUGGAAAAAAUCUGCGUUGUCAAAUAACUGCCAAGAUUUCAAGACGUAAAUAUUUUUAGAUUCCAUUUUUAGAGGCUCUACAUAUUUUGCAAAUGGAUGUAAAGAAUUAUUAUCAGGGUUGCCACAACACUGGGAGAACCUGGAAAACCAGGAAAUUAAAAGUUGAAUAAAAAAAACUGGAAAAAUGCAGGGAAAUUUGAAAAUUUUCAUAAAAGCCACAAAAAUACAGUGUACUUAAACUGACAGAAUAGUCAGGACCCAUUUCGUGAUGCUGUUUGUGAAUGAAGAACUAGAAGAAUCACAGCCAGUUUUUUCAGAACCAAGAAAGGUUCAACCUAAAACAGAUGACGAAAUGGUGCGACGUAUUAAAAGUAUGCUUGGUGAAUAUGUGCAUGAAAAUGAAUUUAGUGUCGAUGAAUCAAUGGAAUUAGAAGGUAAAGAUAAUAUGAUCGCUUCUUCUCAUUCUACAGAAGUUGAUUCAAACACAAAAUCACCUCAUCAAAAAAGUUGUGAAGAAAAACAGCCAGAAGACAAUGCUGUUGUGUUUAAUAGCAUGUCUGCAAGUUCAGGUAAUCAGAAUGUUGAGAAAAAAAUUGAUGAUCAAAAUGAUUCAUUGAACAGUAAUGAAAAUACCAGUCAGCUGAUUGAAAACUGUCAGAAUUCAUCCGAAGCAUCUAGUAUAAGUUCUCGUAGAUGUUCAUUAAAAAGACAAUGCAAAGAAAGGAUUAGUCUCCUUGAUUACAACCCCAUGUUUACUAUUAGAACAAAGAGAACAAAAGUAAAUCCAUCAAACAAAGAAAAGUCUUCUGAAAAUUCAGAUAUUCCUACAUUAAAAAAGUGCCCUGAGAUGCAGCUGCCAGAUAAUUUAUCUGAAAUAACUAAUCAAGAUCCACCACCUUUGCUUGAUGCUAUGCAGACUCCAUCAUAUAAUUAUUCAAGUCCCUAUGGAAAGGAUAAUAUGAAUGAUGUCAGUGUAAAUGAUGAGAGUUCCAAAUAUAAUUUCAAAAAUAAGGAUGAUUCAAGUUUUCUGUUAGAAACAAUUAGUCAUCAAGCUCAAAUGAAAUUGAAGAAACAGACGAAAAAGAGAAAGAAAAAGAAAAUUUUGUAUGAGAGUCUUCCAGUUCCUGAAGUUUUGACCUUAUCUGCCAGUGCUCAAGAUCCUAACUCAGUGGAUGCAAAAAUUGGCUCAUGCCAGUUAAAAAAUGGAAUUAUUAAAAUACGUCUCAGCAAACUGCCAGAUAAUAAAAAGGACUUGACCGAAAACAAUUAUGAAGUAUCUUUUUGUGAAUCAGAUGCCCUUAAGAAAUGCAAAACUUUGUCAGUGCCUUUAAGUCCAUUAGCUCCUGAUGUUUACUCUGCAUAUUCUAUUCCUUCUAAAAAGAAAAGCCAUUCUUCCAGUAAGAACAAGCAUGCAGUGAAGAAGAAAAAGGGACCAGAAAUUCUACCUGAAACAGAAGUAACUAGUUCCAUGAACUCUACACAAUGUUUUAACUUGGACAUCAACGAGAAACCUGAAACUGAUGAUAAAUUGAAUGUUGAUGUUUUAUCAACUGUCAGAACUGAAAAUUUAGAAGCAAGUAAGAAUGACAAAGAGCCCUUCAAUGAAAGUAUAGACACCAAUUUCACUAAUAAAUGUAAUAUUUCACAGCCUGAAAAUACUGAUAAUGUUAUCACAGAAAAACUUGCAAGUGUUGAAGAAGAACAAAUAGUUGUUACAAAUGAGGGAAAUGAAAUUCACUUGCAAACAUCUAUCAGCCAAUCUGAAACUAUUAACUCAAAAAUUUUGUGCUCCAUCAAUUUGUCAUUAAUUAAUAGAUUGCCUGAAAAAAGUGACACAUCUAAUUUUCUUAAUGAUCAAAUUUCAAACAGUUGUUCCAUAGAGGAUAAAGAAGAAUACUUGAAAGAUUCAAGCAUACAAGAAAACAGUUCAAUAGAUGGUGCAUUCUGUUCCUCAAAAAAGAUCUCAUCUGACAUCAAGAAAGAGAUGUUAACUCCUCCAGAUUGUGACUUAACUAGAAUCGAGCACCAUGAAUCAGAAAUCAUACAUUCUCCAACGGGUGUUCAAGAUAACAACAAAGAUGAUUCUUGUCCAAAUCUGACUCCUGCAUACUCUUUUGAAAUUAAUACUGAAGACACCUGUAAGAAUUCUUGUGAGAAUUUAUCAGCAAUUCAAGAGUCAGCAUUGUGCUCAUCUGCAAAUAAUUUACUUUUUGAUCAUCAAGAUGAUCAUUCAACCAAAGUAGAUACAUCUGUAUUGUUGAACAAUUCCCAUGCAAAUAAAGUGAAAAUUGAAGUACCAGAUGCCAUACUUGCAAAUCAUGAAAGAUGGAAUGAAUAUAAGGAAUAUAAAUGGUGUCGAGAUUUUACUGAUGCUGUUUAUGAUAAUGGAAACCUGCUAUUUAAAGAAAAAAUAGCAUAUAAUGUGGGAAAUCAUGGCCUGUGGCAAGACCCUGAAUUAAAAAAGCAGUAUUCUUCUGAAUACUAUCUUAAUGAAGCAAAGAAGUUAAAGCAUCAGGCUGACAAGGAGAUUGAUAGAAUGGUUCAAGCCAUGAAAUAUCUAGAGGCUGUCUUGUAUUUUAUUCUAACAGGAAAUGCUAUGGAACAUAGCUACAUUGAUACAGAUAGAGUCCACACUAUGUACAAAGAAACCUUGGCUCUUAUAAGGUUUAUAUCUUCCAAGUUUCAAAAGCUUCACAAUGCAUCUUGUCGAAAUAUUGACAACAAGUUGACAGUCCUUAGCUUAAGAUGCCAAUCAUUGCUGUACUUAAAGAUGUAUCAGUUGCGGCGGGAUGAGGUGCGAUAUCUUCAUCGCAAUAUAACAUCAUUUUUAAAAUCAGAAAAUGGAGCAUAUCCAGAACAGGUUUCACCUCCUCAUUUGCAAGUAUCAAGACAAAAUAUGCAACCUUCUCAAGUUUCUCCAUCUCAUCAAGCGUCUCCAUGCUCUCUUACUCCUUCUCCUGCUGGUAGUGUGGCCUCUGUUAGUUCCCAAAGUAGUGGAUAUAGUAGCAGUGAAUUAGGUUGGAAUUCAACCAAUGCUUCAAAUCAUAUUAGAGCUCAAACUCAAAUUGACAUAUAUUCUGAUGCUGUCACAGUAUCACGUAAUAAGUACAAAAUGUUACAACAACAAAGUGCGUACCUGGCUAACUUGCAUUUGUGCCAUGAUUUGUGGGAACAUGCUGAUUAUCUUAGCUCUAAAGAACAUUCUAGAGAAUUUUUUUUAGAAUUGGAUGAGGAAUGUGGCUGCUUAAGCUUGCACAGUCCUUUUUCUGCUUUGGUUCAUUAUGUUCGUAAAGGCUUGUACAAAUUAAAGGAUGGAACUUAAUUGUAUUCUCUAAGCAUUAUGUAUCAUAUUUAUUUAUUAAUACAUUUUUUCUGUGUGAACGUAUCUUAAUACUCACACUGUGCAAAAUAUUUUUGUAUAUAAAAGCAAAUUUGCACAAUUUGUUGCAUAACUUGUUAUUUCUGAUAUUUAAAUUUGUUUUUAAAAAUCAUCAUUAUUUAUUUCUCAUUAUCCCACAUAAAUUUGAAAUUACUAUACCUACUAGAUUUUAGCUUGCUUGAUGUGUUGUUGUAGUGGUUGCUGCUAUUUUUUGUAAUUAAAGCAGCAUACCCAUUGUUAGCUUUCAAAAAUCUUUUAGAUAUUUUUUUAUUAGAAAUGAAUGAAGUGCGUUUUUUUGUAAAAAAAUUCAUUAAUGUAAAUAAUCAUUCUAUUUUAAAUAGUUACUUAACUUAUUGCAUCAGUUAAAAAGCUAGAGUCUCUGAAUGUGUUUUCUGUAUGUUUAUAUGUACAAGUGGACAUAAGUAUCAAUUAUUGAUUUUACUCUUGCAUAUUCAUAACAUUUAGAUUCUCCCAAUAUUGUGUGGCUGAGAAUUAUAAAAAGAAUUCCCACUAAAUCAUUUUUUACAGAAUGGAUUUUUAAUAACAGUUUAUUUUAAAUUUUGCUUACUGAAUAAAUUUUUAUUAUAUUCAUAUGAUUAUGUUUUUAAAAAUAUGGCUUAUGUGCAUGCUUGGUUGUAUAGAUUUAUUUUAAUGAUUAUUUUUAUUUUGUUUACAUAACAUUUAAAUAUUCUUAUUUAAGCAGAUUAAAAUUUUGCACUGUAGAGUAGAUUAAUCUGCUCUUAAAUACUAGUCACUGAGCAUUCUGGUGUAGCAAUUAUAAUUCAUCCGUUUUUGUGCUUUUAUUUAAAUUUAUAUUAUUUUAUUUUUGAAUUUAGCAUCUUAUCUUAGCUUUUUAAUUAUUUUUUUACAGGAUUGUUGGUAUCUAAUGUGUUUAUUGUUAAUGCAGUACUUUUUUGUCUCAUUCAUUGUUUUUAUUUUGUAUUUUAUUUUCUUUUGUGCAUGAAUUUAUGCAUUGAAUUUGUUUGUUGUCUUAAUGCGUCAAAUGCUUUUUCUUUAUUAUUGCUUAAUGAAUUUAAAUUAUUUAAUUGGAGUAGAAUGUUUUAUAUUGUAUUAUUAAAUUUGAAUGACUUAAACUGAUCGUUUCAGUAAAAUUUGAUUGAAAUUUUACAAUUGAUAUUCAUUAAUUGAUGAGGUAAGUAAAUUAUUGAUACUAGGUGUUCCUUAGCAUUAUUAUUUAGAUUAAAUUAAUUGAAAUAAUCUGUUAUGCCUUUGCAGUAAAUUUAUUUUGUAAAUAAUAAGAAAAGAAGCACUUAAAAAAAAGUUUUUUUUUUUUUUUGCUUCAUUUUUUAAAACAUUGUAAUGA